CUCACGCGCUGUGGAUUAGGUUUAUAGGGUUUGUAAUCGGUACAUGGUUAUGGCAUGACCACAGACUCAUCUUCUUAGUCAUUCCAUCCAUCCAUCUUCGUUCUCCUCACUCUCUUCUCCCAGCACUUCCCCGGACGUCGAUUCGCAGCUCCGAUCAGGUUAAAAAGAAACUCCCUUCCUCUCUUCUUCCUGAAAAACUCGCGAUUUGUUCAGUGCCGGAGCUGUUUCUAGUGCGCUUUAACUCCUUCGUUGCUGCCCAUCUUCUUGAAUAGGGUUUUCGGCGAUUCGGGGGUGUUAAUUGUUACGGUGUCUUUCGAUUUUUCUUUGUGUGUUACUUGCUUGCACUGUUCCUGUCAGGCUGUGGGAGAAAUUAGAUCUUCGUUUGAGCCAUUUUUCCUUAUAUUGGUUUUGCUUUGUUUCUCGAUUGGUCUUAGUGGGUCCUGGGAUGUACCAAUGGGCAAUGACUAAGAUGGGUCUCUAGUGAAACUUUGUUAUUUUCUAUGGAUGAUACUUGCCAAUAUGCAGUAGUGUUGAAUCUCUUUCUGAUGCUAUAACUUUGGGGUGUAUCUCCUUGAUAGCUUUUGUAUCUUUGAAAUUGGGAAUUCUGUUACUUCAGAGACUGGUUUUCCAAUGUUUGUUUGCAUGUUGGGAAUUCUGUUUCUGAUCUGAUGCUAUAACUUUGGGGUGGAUUAUCCAGGGCUUGGCUGAUUCUGGUGCAAGUUAGGUGAUCUGUCAAAUGAAUUUCGCCAUUCCUUACAUUGCUCACCAAAACCUUAAUGGGUUUGAUUAUGUUUAUGCUGUUAAUUCGACAGGUCAUUUAAUAUUCAGUCAACCGUGUUGGAGUCCUCUGUUGUGUGAAAUCUUGGUUGUCCGCUGUGCUAGAUGAAUAUUCUGCACUAGUAUUGCUAGGGCUGCCACGUAUUGUGCUUGCAUCAGAUUAAGUUAUUGGUGUUUGCUGAUCAAUCUUCAUCUGCUUCCGUCAUUGUCUUUCAGUAAUGCCUUGCACGCUCGGACUUGUAACGAUUAUUGCGUUCUGUUGUUUGUUUGGAAAAUGACAUUGGUGUGCAUUGUGCGUGCAAGUGUGUAUUUGUCCCAGUCAGGUCAGCCCUUUAAACUGUGGAGAAAUUGUUUGACUCGGUGGUAACAGCAUUGUGAUGAAAAGUGAAGGCACUCUAUCGUUGAAGUUCUGACAGCUGAUUCUUCAUACUAAAAGCUCAAGAUUGUAUUGAUGCAAGAGUACCAUAUUAUAGUAUUCACCUAGUUGGAAUCUGUACAGCAUAGGCAUGGUUUUUAAUUGUGAAUAUGUAUAUGAAGGUGCAUUUCCGGAGCAUUCUUUUGUCUUCGUAAAUUGCGAUGAACCUUCAGUUUGAAGGAUUAUUGAACGCUGUAGGAAUCAAUAAUCGCUGCUAUCGAAGCUAUAAUAGGUCUUUGGGAAGAUUGCAACUCUCACAGCGCCCCAGCAAGCUUAAGCUGCUGGCUAUAUAACAACAAUACUGCCUUUGAUUGGUUUCUAUCAUUUGAAGUCAACGCAAGUGUCUGGACUAAUUCUAAAUGCCCUCUGUUGUGCCCGGAGCGGAGAUAGACUUCUUGAAAGAAUUAUGCUUGAAAGAGACAACAAUUUUAAGAGAAACGGUUUUAAUGGUUAUGGUAUGCUGAAUAAUAACGAGAAUUGGCCUUCUUUUAGUAGCUAGUCAUGAAAAGAAAAUAUGAGAUGAUGGUCGAUUUGAGUCGAGAUUCUUUUGAGGGAUACUGGUAAAAAACACCAACUACUGUGCAGUCAGUAAAAGUGACCGUCUAUCUAUAGUGUGGCUACGGUUCAUAUUUGUCGAAGGAAUUUGCUUUUAGGUUGACAGGCUUUUCCUGUUUUGCUUAUAUGCCUAUGAUGGCCUCAGAUUUCCUUACGGUUACGAUGUGGGCGAGUGGCUAUUGUCUUGAUUUCUUCCAACGUGUAGCUUGAUGUAUGCAUUUGCCAUCUCAUUACUGGAUUGGUAUAGCUGGUUAUUGAUUUUUAUUCUACAUUUCAGGUGCGCUGCAGUUGUUUUUCUGUUUCUGGGUUGGCAUGUCAAAUGAUUUUGUUUCACAACUGCUACCAAUCAGGAGCAUCCAAAUGAGCCAUCAGCUAGAUCACAUUUCAGACAAGUUGAGCCCUUCAAAUCAGAUGGGUUUUGGAUCAGGCGCUUCCUUACAUGACUCUUCAAUGCAACAAGUAUCUAUUCCCAGCAUACAAAUGGGAAUGGUAGGCUCAUGUCCCAGUGAUGCAGCUUCACAGCAGACAUUAGUUUCUACAGGAAUCGGAACUACUGUAGUUAGCAACGCCAAACAAGAGGUUAAACAGCUUGAUCCAUAUGCAGCUUCGCAGCAGACAUCAAUCUCUACAGGAUAUGGAACCACAGUAGUCAGCAACAGCAAACAAGAGACUAAACAGAUCGAUCCAUUUUCCUAUAAUAUGACAUCUGGGAACUUCCAUAUAACUGAUAAGAAGCCCAGUGCCAUGGGGUCCAUGUUGCAGGAUAUGGAACCACAGCAGUUAGCAACAUCGAACAAGAGAAAGGCACCAAUGGGAGCUGCUGUAUCUCAGAACCCUGUGCCCCAGAGAUUUACAGCUCCCAAGCGGUUUACUCUGAAUGAACAUAGGCCAUGGAUUCAGCCGAUAAUGCCUAUAACAAAUAAACCACCUGUUCAGAUGCAGUCUACUUCUUACACCCCGUCAUCCCAGCAACUGCAAGGGCCUCCUAGAAAGACUGCACCUACUAAAACUGGGACACAGAGUACAACAUCUGUGCAGAGAAGUCAAUCUGGUCAGAUGAAACCACCCCCGAAAGUAAAGAGUGAUUCAGUUGAUUCUGUUAGGUCCAAGUUGAGAGAAUCAUUAACUGCUGCACUUGCUCUGGUGCAAGAUAAGGCACUUGAUGGUGGAAAAGACAAGAGUCGAGCCAUACGUUUGUCGCCAGAACUGCCAUCCAGUUCUAACUGUACCAAUAUAUCUUCAGAAACAAAGGUUUCUUUUCCAGAGAACGGCAACAUUCACAACACAAAGCAAGAGGUUGACUUAGUACAGAACUCACAGACUGGUAUGCAGGAACAGCUACCAGGGAAUGCGUUUAGCAUUGAUGAUAUUCCAUUUAGUGACAACUUUUUUGUGAAAGAUGACCUUCUUCAGGGUAAUGGACUCUCGUGGGUACUAGAUUCCGAAAUGGAGUUGAUAGAUGAAAGCAGCAUUGGUCCAAACCCGCCAGAUCAAGAUGGUGGUUCUAAGCUGGUCCAGAACCCUGAAAUUUUGGCAUCUAAGAUCGAAGGUGAACUCUUCAAGUUGUUUGGAGGAGUGAAUAAAAAGUACAAAGAGAAAGGCAGGUCUCUUUUGUUCAACUUGAAGGAUCGUAACAACCCAGAAUUGAGAGAAAGAGUCAUGUGUGGUGAAAUCUCCCCAGAGAGGUUAUGCUCCAUGACUGCUGAGGAACUUGCUUCGAAGGAGCUUGCUGAAUGGCGUAUGGCAAAAGCAGAAGAGCUUGCCCAGAUGGUUGUUUUACCAGACUCAGAUGUUGAUAUCAGAAAGCUUGUGAGGAAAACACAUAAAGGUGAGUUCCAAGUUGAGGAUGAACAUGAUAGGGAUGUCGUCUCAGCGGAGGAUGCUGUUGGGACAAAUUUCCUCAGUCAGCCGCAGCAACAAGCCAAAUUGAAUGAAAAAGAAUCAUCUCCUCCAUCGAAGGGCGAGAAAACAAAUGACAGAGAAAUAAACAGACAGGGCCAGGAUGCUUCUUACACUCGCACUAUUCCUUCUACUACUGAAGGAUCUGAUUUUAUGCCAGGGCUUGUGGUGGAUGAUGAGCUCAAAGAUGCCACAUUUCUUCCUCCAAUUGUUUCCCUUGAUGAGUUCAUGGAAUCACUCGACGCAGAGCCUCAAUUCCAACGCUUGCCAGGGGAUGCUGGAAAGCAAACAACCCCAGAAAAGGAUGAUGAUUCACAGAUUGGCUCGGAGACCAAGUCUCCUGUUGCCACUCCAAAAGAUCCUGCGGUCAGUUCUCCUUAUAAGGCCAGAAAUGAUCUGGAAAAUGUGAGUUCGGAUGCUGCUGAGGAACCCAGCAAGGAUGAUCUUGUGAAAUCAGAUGCUGCCCCACGUCCUACUCUUGAUGCUGUGAUUAAAGGCGAACGUGUCUGGGAGGGCUCAGUGCAGCUCAAUGUUUCAGUUAUGGUGUCAUUCGUAGGCAUCUUUAAAAGUGGGGAGAAAACACCAUCGAAAGAUUGGCCUAACUCUAUCGAGAUAAAGGGCCGAGUGAAGCUUGAAGCAUUUGAGAAGUUCCUGAAAGAGCUCCCAAUGUCCAGGACUCGUGCUGUUAUGGCGGUUCACUUUGUGUGCAGGGAAGGAUCGACUGAAAGUGACAAAGCAGACGUUGUCGAGGUCGCAGAGUCUUAUGUAGUAGACGAAAGAGUAGGUUUCGCGGAGCCAGCUUCUGGAGUUGAGCUCUACUUAUGCCCACCUCACUCAAGGAUAUGCGGCCUGCUGAGCAAGGUCCUCCCGCAGGACCAAAUGCACGCCCUAAAUCGUAUUGAGAAUGGCCUAAUUGGUGUUGUUGUAUGGAGAAAACCUCAAAUAAUAUCACCCCACCAUAAGCAUAGUACCAAAGACUCAUCGAAAAAGCAGCACUCAUCGUCGAAAAAUCGCAACCCAAAACACCACUCUGCUCUUCCUCCCCCUCCACAACACCUCCAUUCUAGGCCUCCACCAAUUAGUGUUGAUGUUGAUGAUGUGCCACCUGGGUUUGGUCCUCCGUCAACGGUGACUGGAGGAUCAUCCCGGGACGAGGAUGACUUGCCUGAGUUCAAUUUCAGUAGUAAUGCAGCAAAUAGGCCGCCGGGUUUCCCUGGUGGUCGGAGUUUUCAGCCAUCGAACUCCCCUCGCGGUCCUGUUGUAGAUCAAAUGAGAGAUCUUGUACAUAGAUAUGGACAGCCCGGUGUGGGUUCUUCUCCCCUGAAAAACUGGGCAGAUAGUAGGGUUCCCGUACAAACAUGGAAAGACGACGAUGAUAUGCCAGAGUGGCGGCCUGAUGAUGCCCAGCUUCAUGUGGCUGGGCAUCGUCAGCCGGCGGCGGUACGCGGUGGCAAUAUGGUUCAGCAGCCAGUUGUUCAAGUGAUGAACCCUAUUGUUCAUCAACAUACUGGUGCAGUGCCGCCGCAAUGGUGGCCCCAGCAACAACACGGUGGUGGGUUGGCUGCUCCAGAUUUGGGGCCUCAUGGUGUGUAUCAGCAGCAGCAACAAUCUAAUGGAGGACAGCUUUAUGGCGGGCAGCAAUGGUCAAGAGAUGUAUCUAAAAGUAGAGGCUUUUAGCUUUUUCCCUUCAUUUCUGUAAAUAAAUUUGUUUCCUUUUG